AUGCGUCUAGCACUUUGGUCCCUCCUCGUCACUACUUUGAGUAGCUCUGUCUACACCUCAGAUGGCAAAGACGAUUGCAAAUGUGGACCCUCCGACCCGUGCUGGCCAUCCGUAAAGGAGUGGGACGCGCUUAACCAAACAGUCUCCGGACGUUUGCUCAAGACCGUUCCUCCGGCCGCAGUCUGCUAUAAAUCCCGCGAAGAAUACAACGAGAAGAAGUGCAAAGAGAUUCUCACGGAAUGGACUACUGAUACCUUCCACUCGGGCAACCCCUUCAGUGUUCAUGAUCCGACUUGGUCAUGGGACGCCUGUCCGCCUCUUUACCCAGAUGGAACUGGCAUAAGCGGAGAUCCUGAUGCCGAAUCCAAGGGCUGUUCUCUCGGCACACUCUCACCCUAUGUCAUAAAUGCUACUACGGCAAAGCACGUUCAAAGCGCGCUGAAGUUUGCGGCUAAGAAUAACCUUAGAAUAAACGUCAAGAACACCGGUCACAACCCGGAAAAGAGUUCCGCCUACGGCAGCCUUGGGAUCUGGACUCAUAACAUGAAAGACUUCAAGUUCCACAAGUCUUUUAAAUCAUGUGAGAGGACUGAACCUCACAUGGCCGGUACAGUUGGUGCUGGUUUCCAGGAUGGCGAGCUUUUCGAAGCAAUGAAAAAGCAUGACGCUAUUUCCGUCGGAGGAACCAACAUGGAUGUUGGCAUUACUGGCUGGUCAGUUGCUGGUGGCCAUGGAUACGGCACUGGUAUCUAUGGCAUGGGGUCUGACAACAUCAUCGAAGCAGAGGUCAUCACUCCGCAAGGUGAUAUUAUGAAGGUCAAUGAGUGUGAAAAUUCAGACCUAUUUUGGGCUAUCAGAGGAGGUGGUGGGAGCACUUUCGGUGUCAUUAUUAGCAUGACAGUCAAGGCCUAUCCCAUGCCAUCCGUCGCUGUCAUCAACUUUGACGUUUCGCCAAAAAAUGGAACUUCUACCAAGCAAUGGUGGACUACUGUGGCACGCCUGCACAAGAAAAUGGCCGACCUACAGGACAUGGGAUACGCUGGCUAUUAUACCAUCACUGGUAACCCCAUGCUCUGGCAUAACACGGUCUUCGUUUACAAUGCCACAAGUGCUCAAGAUGGAAGGAAGAAAGUCCUUCCACUGGAAACGGCACUUCAAAAGGUUGAUUAUUUGGUCAAAACCGAAAUAUCUGAGCUUUAUACGGACACUUGGUAUCAGCUUAUCGAACAGUUGGGCUCAUUGACAGCUUCCACUGACGUUGGAAAAAGACAAACUGUCCGUGCUUCAAGACUUGUUACACGUAAGGCCAUUGAUGAUACUGGUCUUUUCGCACAAACAUUGGAGAAGAUAGGACCUAAUGAACUUUCGUCCAAGAAUGGCGUCACAAACCCGUCAAUAUCAGGAACGAUGACAAUCGGAAAGAAACCCGCUGACAAUGCACUGAACCCGGUCUGGCGUGACACCGUUGUCCACCUUAUUUCGGAGCAGAAUUGGAACGACACAUUGCCAAGUGAUGUUGCCGAGAAGACCAUCGACAACAUGAUUUGGGACAAGGGUUAUGCUCUCCGUCAACUGGCUCCCGAUAGCGGAGCGUACAUAAACGAAGCGGACCCCUAUGAGCCGAAUUGGCAAUGGUCGUUCUGGGGGCCUAACUACCCUCGUCUUCUUUCCAUCAAAGAGAAGUACGACCCAGACAACCUGUUCUGGUGCCGAACCUGUGUUGGUAGCGAGAAGUUUUCUCAGAAGCAAAACGGUUCGCUGUGCAAGGCUCUCUAA